GACGAUGCUCUCGCCAGAGCAGACGAGGCUCGGAAGGCUGCCGAGGCUAAGAAGGCGCUUCGGGCGGCGAACCUGCGGCCGAAGCGGCUGGGCGCGAGCGGCGAGGGCAAGGGCCUGGAUUCGAGCAUCAAGCGCAACACGGCGAUGAUCCGACGGCUGAAACAGCUCAGCGAGGAUCAGAAAGAAACCAUUCUGGAUGAGGUGCGGGCAGUGAACAUGAGCAAGUACGUGUCAGAAGCAGUGGCAGCCAUAGCAGAGGCCAAGCUCAAGAUGCCCGACAUCCCCGCCGCCGUGCAGUCUCCCUCUCCCCCCCUUUCCCCUUCUCCCCUUCUCCCCUUCUCCCCUUCUCCCCCAUCUGCUCCUCCUCUGCCCCUCUGCUCGUCUCCCCCUCUCUCCCUCUCCCCCUCUCCCACCCGCCCUCCCCCCUCUCCCCCUCACCUCACGCCCCUCUUCAACCUCUUCCACCCUUCAGGUCUACACAGACCUCCCAGUAACCGCAGAGCAGCGCAAGCAGCUUUCCAAGCUAGUCUCGUCCUUCUUCGAGGUCCUGUCAGCUCUCGUGCAGAGCGAGCAGGGCGUGCUGCGAGGCAUGGAAGGGGCAUGGAGCGGGAAAAAGCAACACCUCUCUCAUCCCCUUUCCCCUCCUCUCCUCUCCCUUCCCUCCCCUCCCUUCGUCCCCCUUUCUCGCACGCCAAGGUCUACACAGACCUCCCAGUAACUACCGAGCAGCGCAAGCAGCUGUCGAAGAUGGUAUCAUCCUUCUUUGAGGCCCUGUGCACACUCGUGCAGAGCGAGCAGGGCGUGCUAAGGGGCAUGGAGCGGGAUAUAGCGCGCAUCACGGCGCAGAAAGGGGAGGUGGGGGAGGACGUGACGGGCGCGUAUGAGAAGAGCCGCAGAGGGCUGGAGCAGCUGCUGCGCAACACCAAUGCCCUGGCGGAGGCUCUCGACCGGCCACCUGUCGUGCUGCCAGAGGACGAGCACACCACCCACGUGGCAGGGGGCGGGGACAGCUCAGCAGGGGGCGCAGUAGGGGCGGGGGCGGACGGCGGGAAGAGAGAGGCUGAGCCUUUACCCCUGUGGGAUGAUGAUGAGACGAGAGUGUUCUAUGAAGAUUUGCCGGACUUGAAGCUGUUUGUGCCUGCUGUGCUGCUGGGGGAUGGUGGCGGGAAGGGUGGGAAGGGGGGUGGAGAUGGGGAGGAGAAGGAGGGUGAGGAGGGUGAGGGGAAGGAGGAGAAGGAGAAGGAUAAGGAGAAGGAGAAGGAUAAGGAGAAGGGAAAGGAGAAGGGGAAAGAGAAGGACAAGGAAGAGAAGGGGAAGGAUAAGGAGAAGGAGAAGGGGAAGGAAAAGGAGAAGGAGAGUGAGAAGGAGAAGGAGAAGGUGAAGGGGGUGGAGGCAGCAAAGCUAGACGACUUGCUGCAGCGCCUGCCAUCUUGUGUCAGCAGAGACCUCAUCGACCAACUCGCUGUCAGUCAGCCUUCUGCCCUCGCUUCCUGCGUUCCCCCCUCCUCCCCUCGCCCCCUCUGUUCCUCUCUCGCUGCCUGCCUGGCCAGCCAGCGAAGGCUGCUGCGGUCCUUGAGGCACGUGGACUUCUGCUACGUUAACAGCAAGGCCAGCAGGCGCAGGCUGGUGGACUUCUGCUACGUGAACAGCAAGGCCAGUCGGCGCAGGCUGGUGCGGGCACUCUUCGCGGUGCACCGCACGGCGCUGCAGCUGCUGCCGUACCAUGCGCGCCUCGCCGCCACGCUCGGGCAGUACAUGCGCGACGUGGGGCCGGCACUGGUGCACCUGCUUGAAGAGGAGUUUGCCGCCCUCAAGAGCAAGAAGGAUCAAAUCAACAUAGAGUCGAAGAUGCGCAACAUCCGCUUCCUGGGCGAGCUAGCCAAGUUCAAGGUGGCGCCACCAUCACUCAUCUUCAGCUGCCUCAAGUCGUGUCUGGAGGACUUCUCCCAUCACAGCAUUGACGUGGCGUGUGCGCUGCUUGAGACCUGCGGGGCCUUCCUCUCCCGCCACCCCGACACCAAGGUGCGCAUGGGCAACAUGCUGGACAUCAUUCAGCGCCUCAAGAACGCGCGCAGCUUCGACGCGCACCACUCCACGCUCAUUGACAACGCCUACUUCCUCUGCCGGCCCCCGGACCGCGUCGCCAAGGUCGUCAAGACCCGCCCGCCGCUGCACCAGUACAUCCGCAAGCUGCUCUACGCUGACCUCAGCAAAUCCACGGUUGAGAAGGUGCUGCGGCAGCUGAGGAAGCUUCCGUGGGGCGAGUGCGAGGGGUACGUGGUGCGGUGCCUAGUGAAGGCCCACCGCGCGCGCUUCAACCAGAUCCACCUCCUCGCCUCGCUCGUUGCUGCUCUGUCCAGAUUCAGAGAAUCUGUUGGCGUGGCCGUGGUUGAUCAGCUAAUGGAGGACAUUCGGUUGGGCUUGGAGGUCCCGGACAGCACGUACCAGCAGCGGCGCAUCACAGCGCUGCGCUUCCUGGGCGAGCUGUACAGCUACCGUGUGGUGGACUCGCACCUCGUCUUCGAAACGCUGCACCUCCUGCUCUUCUACGGCGCUGAUACCCCCGAGCACCUCACGCUAGACCCACCGGACGACUCCUUCCGCAUCCGCAUGGCAGCAACGCUCCUCGCCACAUGCGGCCACUUCUUUGACCGUGGCUCCUCGCGCCGCCGCCUCGACCGCUUCCUGCUGCUCUUCCAGGCCUACGUGCUCGCCAAGCCCUCCGUGCCGCUCGAUGUGGAGUUCGACCUGCAGGAUCUGUUUGCCAAGCUGCGGCCGCGCAUGAAGCGAUUCGCCACUCUGGAAGAGGCGCAGGCGCAGCUGCUGCAGGACGCUGAGAGGGCUGCUGGCAAGGGCGGGGGAGGGGGCGGCGGGAGAGGAGGGGACGGGGCUAUGCAGAUGGAGCAAGGGGGGAAAGCAGGGGAGGGAGGGGAGGAGGAGAGGAGUGAUAGCGAGGAGGAGACUGUGGGAGGGGAUGAGGAGGAGGGAGGGGAGGAGGACGACGGGGAUGAGACAGGAGACGGGGAGGACGGGGGAGGGGAGGACGACGACGACGAGGGGGAGACGGAGGGGGAGGGGGGCGCAGGCGGAGAAGCAAGCGAGGCGGAGGAGGGGGAUGACGACAAAGUGAAGCUAGUCGGGGGGAGGAAAGAAGCGGAGGUGGAUCCGGAGGAGCUAGAAGACUUUGACAAGGAGUUCCGAGCGCUCAUGCAGGAGAGCCUGGCGGAGAGAAAGCUGGAGAAGCGGGGCGCGGGCGUGCUGAACAUAUCGAUUCCCAUGAGCCUGCUCGAUGGGAGCUCUGGUGCGAGUGCGGGAGGUGGUGGUGGUGGUGGUGGAGGAGGGGUGGGGAGGAGAGGGGUGGGUGGGGCAGGGAAGGUGGAUGAUGGGGAUGAUGCUGAUGAUGAAGGGGGAGGGGGAGGAAGAGGGGGGAGAGGGAGAGGAGGGGAGGAGAAGGGGCCGGAUAUGACUGUGUUUCGGGUGCUGGUGAAGAGAGGGAACAAGCAGCAGGCGAGGGAGUUGAUGGUUCCGAGUGACAGUGCUAUUGCGGUGGCGACGCGGCGCAAGGAGGAGGAGGAGGAGAAGGAGAGACAGGAUAUCAAGAGACGUGUGCUGGAGUAUAAUGAGCGGGCGGAAGAGGAGAGACCGUUUGCACCUGCUGCUGUGGGGUUUGCAGGGGGAGGUGGGGGGGCGGGAGGCGGGUGGGGAGGAGGAGUAGGGGGAGCGGGAGGGGGAGGAGGAAGUGGUGGGUACGUGCAAUGGCAGCAGGGGCUUGGUGGGGGGAGAGGAGCAGGAGGAGCAGGGAUUUUAGGAGGAGGAGGAGGAGCAGCAGCAGCAGCAGCAGCAGCAGCAGGUGGAGGGGGAAUGGGAGGGCAGGGCAGGGGAGCACAGCCUGUAUUGCUUGUAAGAGCACGGGAUCAGCAGGGGGCGCACGGAGGGGCGGAGCGGGAGAGGGAGAGGGAGCGGCCUGGGAGGAACAACCUGGGGGUGGUGGAUGGGUCACUGUCGGACUUUUCUAGCAACAGCCAGGCCAGGUUGAACCGGAGGCGGUGA